CCGGAAAUGACGCAGUCCCGUCAGACCACGCGCCCCUUCCCGCGGGGAGUGUUUCUGCCAUUUUUGAAAAUCAGGAAAAGCCGGUGUGAGCCCUUCUCGCUCAGUCAUGGCCGCCUUCGCCGUGGAGCCCCAGCCGCCUCCGACAGGAGCUGAACCAAUGAUGCUGGGUUCACCUACUUCUCCCAAGCCAGGAGUGAAUGCACAGUUCUUACCUGGUUUUUUAAUGGGAGAUUUACCAGCUCCAGUCACUCCACAACCUCGAUCUUUCAGUGGCCCUUCUGUGGGGGUUAUGGAAAUGAGAUCUCCUUUACUUGCAGGUGGAUCUCCACCUCAACCAGUUGUGCCAUCUCAUAAAGAUAAAAGUGGUGCUCCACCAGUUAGAAGUAUCUAUGAUGAAAUUUCCAGUCCAGGACUUGGAUCAACUCCUUUAUCUUCAAGAAGACAGACCAACAUUUCAGUAAUGCAGAGUCCCUUGGUUGGAGUUAUGCCAGCUUCCCCAGGAACAGGUCCAGGUGUGUUCAGUCCAGCAAAUAUUGGUCAGCCACGAAAGACUACUCUGUCUCCUGCUCAGUUGGAUCCCUUUUAUACUCAGGGAGAUUCCUUGACUUCAGAAGAUCACCUUGAUGACACUUGGGUAACUGUAUUUGGGUUUCCUCAAGCAUCUGCUUCCUAUAUACUCCUGCAGUUUGCACAGUAUGGAAACAUAUUAAAACAUGUGAUGUCUAAUACAGGGAAUUGGAUGCAUAUUCGUUAUCAAUCCAAACUUCAGGCCCGGAAAGCCUUAAGCAAAGAUGGAAGGAUUUUUGGAGAGUCCAUCAUGAUUGGAGUAAAGCCUUGUAUAGAUAAAAGUGUCAUGGAAAGCUUUGAUAGAAAUGCCAUAUCUUCUCCAGCAUCAGCCUUCACACCACCAAUCAAAACCUUAGGCACACCUGUACAGCCUUCAAGUACUCCUAGGAUUUCUACCAUGAGACCUCUUGCUACAGCUUAUAAAGCUUCUACUAGUGACUAUCAGGUUGUUUCUGACAGACAAACUCCAAGAAAAGAUGAAAGUCUUGUAUCUAAAGCAAUGGAAUAUAUGUUUGGUUGGUAGUAUUAUAGAAAAGAAUCCUCUUGAAGGUGUUACACUAAACCUGAAUGGAGUUAGGGAUGCUCUGCCAGUUUCCUUUUGGUUAGUUGUAUAACCACUUAGGGCAGGAUUUGGACUCUACACCAGACCUUUUAAUGCCUUUUUUUUCCUUUAGGAAUACAGCAUAUUUGUAGCUUGCACUUUAAAUGAUGGAUGUCACAUGGUUUUAAGAAACUUCAAACAUUUGUAAAUAGAAAGUUACAAUGCUUGAUGUGAUAGGUGCAUGCUUAAUCACAAAAAAGGCAUUGUUUACUGUAAGUUAUAUAACUAAGUUUGUGGUGAGGCUUUUUAAUUGUUUUCUCUGAAGGCAGUAGACUUCAUGAAGGAGGAAAACGAUGUACUUCUGCCAGGACACGUGGAUUAUAAUUGAACAGUUUGAAUUAUGGCCUCUUAAUUUGGAUACUAUUUAAUACUUUAUCAUUGCCUGCAUAUGCCCUGUCAUGAAUCAUCAUUCAAUGUGUUUCAGAUAAGAAACAACCCUUUUUUAACCUUGUAUUCAUGUUUCCUAAUAAUAAACUUUACAAAUUGUGUAGGUUGGAUCUUUUUCUCUAUGUACUGACUGCACACAAGUAGUGUUAGGUAAUAAAUCAUAGACUUAGAAGAGAACUACACAACUAGUCCACCUUUGGCCCCUCAUUUUAUAGAUGAGGAAGUGGAGGUCCAAAGUGUUUGUGAUUUGAUUAGGAUCGCCUAGGUUAAGUAAGUGGCUGAGCCAGGCUUUGACAAGGUCUUCUGAUUCUCUUUGGUAGCCUGCCUUCCUUAAUGCUUUUUAAAAGGCACAAUUGUUCUUUAAGGAGGAGACAGCAUAUCAUAGUGGGAAGAGCUCUCGAUUUUUGUUCUCAAAGGGUUUGUGUUCAAAUCAAAAGAAUAUGCGUGGGUUCAGUGUGUUUAUCCAAAAUCAGGAUUUCUUGUAUAGAAUAUUUACCUAUGAUCUUUAAUGAGAAGCUGUUUCUAUGCAUAAUUUUAUGGUAAUUCAUUAAUACACUGUUUCAACUGACUGAAAUUAUUGCUUUUAUUGCAUCUUUUGUGAACUUCUGGUUUUUGGUUUUUGUUUUUGUUUUUACUUCAGCAUAAAGGGAAGAAGGAAAAAGAGAUAACAAAACUUAUGUGAAAUCUCACCAGAAUUGGGUUGUGCAAAAUCCUUCUCACUUGUUUCUGAAACUUAUUAUAGUUCCUGGAGAAUCUUUGGAGUUGAGAUAAAAAAAAUAGACAGUAUGAAUACAUGUCUUUCUGAGUCUAAAGCUAGCAGCCUACUUACAGUGCUGUGUCAUUAUAAGAAAAGUUAAUCUUACUAAGUAUUAUUUAUUGAAGUUCUGACUAGUUUCAGUGUUCACAUAAAGCUGUGUCUCAGUUAUCUAGAGCAGUGCAGAUCAAUACAGAGAACAAUUUAGUACCAAGAAAUGCCCAGUUUUAUAGUUCCUUGACCAGCUGAUUCUGGAUUCUCUAGAACUGUCUAGGUGUUUGAUAAGUAUAGGCAAACUGAGAAGGUAGAUUGUUGAGAAGAGAUUGUUAUAGGAAAUAUAAGAGAUGUGAAUCAAUUUGUUUUUCUUUUGCGUUAUUUAAAUGCUAAUUUCAUCUGAUGAAAAUGUUAUAUUAGACCACAUAAAUAUAUACUAUAGUAAUUCUAUCUCAUAUAUUCCUAAGGAAUGCAAAAAAUUACUAGUAUUUUAAAAAUUAACAGAAUAAGAAAUUUAAUUAUUGUAGUUGAGAUCUUUGUAGCCUGUAAGUUAUUACCUGGUGUUCUUACAUCAUGAUUACUUAAUUUGACAAAGAAUCAGGAAGUUCUGUAUGUUUGCUCUCUUAAUGUUUCCCCAUCACAAUCUCUACAUAAUGAUUUUACCUUUUUAUAGUUUAUCUACACUUGUCAAAGCACAAAGUUAAUUCUAGAUAAUCGGCAUCAGCUAGUCAAGGAACUAAAACUGGGUAACUCCUGGUGCUGAAUUGCUCUCCUACAUGAUGAAAAUAAAAAUCAUAAAAUGAAAUUGACUUUUUUUUAACAAACAAGUUGUGGUUGGUUCUUAGCUGAUAUGAGUUAUUCUAAAUUGUGAAGGCUUUUCAGAGCAAGUAUAAAAUUAAUAAGCUAGAGGGAAGGAUAAAAAUAUAGUAUGUCAAUAAACAAUGCCAACCUAGCUUAUUUAGAUAAGUUAUUAUUGCUGAAAUAUGAGAAAUAGUUGGAAGAAAGGAUAACAGUUUUAUACAGAGGUGUAAUCAAUUAAUCAUUUUCUGAAAGGACCAAAAAAAUUCAAACUUUAAGUUGGCUAGAAAACACUUGAUCUUAUUAACAUGGCAGCCUAGGCCAGUAUCAGAUUAUAAUUUUAAACUCCUUUUUAAGAUUUUAUGAAAGGUAGUAGCAGAAUAUGAAAAAUAUUGUCCCAUAAAAUAAUGGAAAGAGGUGGAGGGAAGAACAAACAUGAAGUCUCAAUUUGAGCCCCAACUAAGUGUAGUCAUCCCAGGUAUGGCUAAGGAUAAAGAUGGAAGGAGGAUAACAAGACAGAUGUAAAAUGGAAAAAAAAAAUCUGUCAAGUACAGGGUGAAUAGGCACUAGAAACAAAGAUGGGAGGGGGAACAGAAAUAGAUCAAGUUCACACAAAGGGGGUUAGUGCUAGAGGUGAUAUUUUUGGAACACUUGAGAGAUUCUCUCCAUGUACCUUAUUCUCUUUAGAUGGGGUAGGAAGUGGUAUCUUCUCUUUCUGUGAAUUUGUUGGUAAAUUCAACUGAAUAAAAUUUAAUUUUCCUUAACUGAUAUAGGAUAACAUACACACAAUGAUCCAUUUGGUUGUGGGAAGAAAAUAUAACUUCUAUUUAAAUUUUUUUCCACAACAAUAAGUUGUUAAAAUUUACCAGUUAUUACUAAUUUACACUGGUACCCAUAUGUGGUUAAGUGAGGUAUCUUGAGGGAAGAAGUUGAAGUUCUACAACAUAAAGGGAUGGAUAGUGCCACCCUCAGUCGUUUGCUUACUUUGGUGUAUUGCAAUAAUUGCAGUUUAUGUAUGUACAGUUAAGUAAAUUUCCUGAUUGCAUUAUCUAGUUUUAACCAACCCUCAGAAAAUGGACUAGUGGCUUAAAAAUAAUCCUGAAAAGAAACUGCAGAUGGAAAAUAAUUAUGCAAGCACAAAUAACUGAAAAUGAGCAGAACUGAUACUUGUAUUUCUAACAUGAGCUCUUUGUUAACCAUGUCAUGAGGCAAAAAUGAUCUAUUUUGAAAUGAUAAGAUCAGAUAAAAUUUGAAAUUAUAUUUAAAAUAUGGACUUAUACUCAUUAUCAUGAAUUAUGACUCACCCUAAGUAUAUAUUAUACCUCGAAAUGUUGGCUAAUGACAGUGUAAAGUCAUCAUGAUUUAGUGAAACAUUUAAAAAAUAAGCUCUUUUUUGCCAAAAUGAUAUAAAUGUGCCACCUCGAAAAACUUUACUAUCCAAUUUGUUUUAUUUUUUCCUAAUUACAUGUAAAGAUAGUUUUCAACAUUCGUUUUUGUAGGAUUUUGAGUUCCAAAUUUUUCUCCUCUUUCCCUUCCCUCUCCAAGCCACCAAGCAAUCUGAUA